AUGAGUCCGAAAUCAUCAUCAGAGAAACCCAAGAGCAGCAAGACCAAGACGAAGGCAGCAAAGAAAUCUGGCACUAAAUAUCUCGCAUCAGAACUCGUUAACCCCGAGAAGAAAGUGAAACGACCACAUUGGCAAACUCAGAAAGAGGCACUCGAGAAAAAGUUCACAGAAGGCUGGCAUCCACGCAAAAAGCUCCCGCCGGAUUCUUUGGAUACAAUUCGCCAUUUGCAUGCCACGAAGCCCGAUGUCUGGACCACGCCUGUUCUUGCAGAUCAGUUCAAAAUUUCGCCAGAAGCUAUCCGACGAAUCCUGAAAAGUAAAUGGCAGCCGACGGAAGAAGAGAGAGAAAGGCGUGAAGAGAGAUGGGCAGAACGCUACAAAAAGAUUUAUAGCCAUAUGGAGGAGCUAGGUCUACGACGAAGAAAGGGAGAAUGGACCGCCAAGGUAUCUGAUGCCCGUAGGCUUGGAUUGGAAGGGAAAUCUAUACGUCAGAAUUUUCGACGAAAGCCCCAAGCACGACCAGAGGGCACGGAGAUAAAUAUUUCGAGGCCAGAUCGCGAGGCUUCACCCAAAGAGUCGACAUCGUUGGAAUAG